AUGAAACCCCCAAACGAAACAGACCCAGAGCCAUCCACAGACGGAGCUGUGAAAGCCAAGAGCGACACGUACUCUCUCGGGUCACAAUUUGAUUCAAAGCAAGGCGAGAAGGAAGCGUGGGAGGACUGCAUGGAUCUGUACGACCAGACCAUCCACAGGCUCAACCAAUCGGUGUUACAGAGCAUCACCAUGAAAAAGUACAAUUGA